AAGCUCAGCGGUGCGGCAGGACAGCAGCAGAACAGAAGGUAGACUGAAUGGUAAAUUUAUGAUGUUUUAUAGUUAAUGAAAGAGAGAAGUCGUCUGCUUCAUGAACAAAAUAAAGGAGACGUUGCUUUUCUCACUUCAUUCAAAGAAGAGCCGUUUUCCCUGAAAAUCCUCGAAAACCCGGCUGUCAUUUGAACCGGAGUCCAUUUGAGCUGCAGAGAGCAGAAUGGAUGAAAAACCUCUGGAGUAGCAAAAUCCCUGCGUUUUAUGAGUGAAAGAAGCAGCAGGGAGGUUCCAGCCGCCUAUUGUUCCUGUGGUGGGAUGCUCCCUUUCUAGGUCUGCCUGCACUCAGCAUCACAGGAAGGAAUAUGGGAGAAGUUCAGGACGGCAGGGAUGAAAACAAGAGCUUUGUUGCUGCAGCUAUAAAGUCCUUCGAGCAUUAUGACUUUUCCCGAGCCAAGAUCUGUUGCAGCCUCAGAUGGCUGCUGGCAAAGGCAUAUGGUACAGACAGCGUCCCUGCAGAACUAAAGGACCCCUUCUACACUGACCAGUAUGAGCAGGAGCACCUGAAGCCCCCUGUGGCCAGCCUCCUGCUGUCUGCUGACCUGUACUGCAGGGCUGGCAGCCUCAUCCUGAAGAGUGAUGCUGCCAAACCGCUUCUGGGUCACGAUGCUGUCAUCCAAGCGCUGGCGCAGCGUGGUCUCUACGUCACAGACCAGGAGAGACUGGUCACUGAGCGGGACCUGAGAAAGAGACCUCUGCAGAUGGGAGCCCACUUGGCUAUGAUUGACACCCUAAUGAUGGCCUACACUGUCGAGACUGUGAGCAUGGAGAAGGUACUGACCUGCAUUCAUCAAUACUCAUCCUGCAAGUUUGAGGAGGAACGACCAUAUGAUGCGGAGGACGCAGUGACCACCUGGAUUAACAAGGUAAAUGAGUAUCUAAAAGACAUUGUUACUCAGGAGCAGAAGAAGGAGACACAGAGUCCUGAGCAGACUGGGGGUCCUCGGUCUCCAACCAAGUGGUACAUGAAGCUUGUGCCUGCUCGCUAUAGGAAAGAGCAGGCCUCCACACAGCCGGCUCCAUGGAUCCCUCCAGUGGACAACCUGCUUAAGGACAGCACAGAUGGCUCCGCUCUGGGCGCACUGCUGCAUUUCUACUGCCCUCAGCUGCUGUCACUGGACGACGUGUGUCUGAAGGAGAGCAUGAGUCUGGCUGACCGUCUCUACAACCUGCAGCUCAUACAGGACUUCUGCAAAGACAACCUGAGCAGCUGCUGUCACUUCAGCCUGGAGGACAUGCUCUACGCCUCCUCCACCAUCAAGAAUAACUACCUGGUGUUUGUGGCAGAGUUGUUUUGGUGGUUCGAGGUGGUGAAGCCCUCUUUUGUAAAGCCAAGACAGCUUGGCAAUGAAGGCCCUGAACCUUCUUCCAUAUUGAAAAAUAUGCCAUUCAUUCCAAUCUCCAAAGCUACCAAGAGAAGUUUUAUGGAAAGACCUCCAAGUCCUGAAAGACCCAGUUUACCCCUUCGACCCCAGCCUCGUAAUACAGGAGAGAUCAAGAGGUCAAGCUCCAUGUCCUUUGUUGAUGGUAACAUCGGCACAUGGCCUAAAGAAAAAAGGUCUGGGCCUUAUGGAGUGUCAUUUGACAUCCCCUUUGACAAAGAGGAUUCUAAUCCUGCACCUUCCUCUACACAUGGAAUGGUUCGAUCUAUCAGCACUGAUGAAGGUUUUGGUUUUAAGGUUCAACACAUGCCUCGGGGAAUGAAGAGGAACCUGUCGUUUCAACCAGUUAUUUGUCAGAGCAUUGGUAUUCAGGAGGAAGGCUGCCCUGACAGCCUUGCAGGAAUAGAGCCUUGUGGGCAAGCCUUCCCCAAUGGACAGGGAAUGGCAUCAGCUCCUUCUAUGGAGGAAGCUCUCCAAAUCAUCCACAGCCCAUCUAGGCCACCUGUUGAAGGCAUCAAUAAUGGCUUCUUCCUACACAACCAGGAUGCCAGGGAUGUUACUGUAGGCUCUGACCUUGUGUCAGAAUCGGAUUCCAAAGAACCUUUGAGCACCACAGACACUGCUGAGGUUGACACUGGAAUCCACAUCCGGACAGAAGACAUGUUGGAUGAAGAUUCUUCUUUGAAGGACUGCUCUGUAAAUAUGGAUCUAGAUGCGGACACACCAAGCCCCUGUCCAAGUAUUCAGAGUAAAUCCCCUUCAGGAGUGAAGAUGACCAGCUUUGCUGAGCAGAAGAUGAGGAAGCUCAGUCCAUCGGCACUAGAUUCAGGCAGAGGCAGCAGCAGCUCAAUGAAGACCACUCCAGAGGGCUCAGAGUUUGCGCUCCCACUGUCAGUCUCCUGGGCACCGACACCUGAGCACAGCCCCAUCCGUCAACAAUCAACGUCAGCAGUUACUACUCCGGCAACACCUGCGUCUGUCCAGCUUACCCCCAAUGACCCUGCACAGGUCAUGGCCACAGAGAUGGUGCAGCUGAGGAUACGGCUUGAGGAGAAACGGAAGGCCAUUGAAGCUCAGAAAAAGAAAGUGGAGGCAGCUUUUACAAGGCAUCGGCAGAAGAUGGGCCACUCGGCAUUCCUAAACAUGGUGAAGAGGAAGGGGGAUGGAGCCGCUAGUGGUGAUGAAGGCGGACAAGCAAAUGGAGAGGGAAAGUCUACAGGCGCAAGUCCAUCGUUUAAAUUUGGCAGGAGCAAGACAGAUACACCUGAUGGAGCAGAACAAAGCAGCACCCCCUCUUGUUGGCAGAAGACACCAGGCACAGGGGAUGAAGGUGGCCAAAGCCAUGCUCAGGUAACCGAAGCUGAUCUCUCAGAGUAUACGCGUUCUAUCGAAAAGCUCAACCAUUCUUUAGCAUUCCUCCAGGCUGAGAUGCAACGCUUAGCGCAGCAGCAGGAAGUGAUCAUGGCCAUGAGGGAACAACAACAUCAGCAAGCAUGGGUCAUCCCCCCUCCUCAUACAAACCCCUCCCCACAGAAACACCCUCGAGCUGUUACUCGCUCUUCUGGACCUUCCUCUCCUGCCGACUCGCCUCGUUCCACCCAUCGGUCUCCAACCAACAUCAAACGUAAAUCUGCUUCCUUCCACUCACGCAAUCCUCGCACCGCUCGGCCUACUGAGCUGAAGGUGGCGCCGUACAGCCGCGUCCUGACAGCCCCACAGUCAGUCGACAGCAUCCCAAGGCUGCGCAGGUUUUCUCCUUGCCAACCUUUGAUGAACUCUUUUAUUUACAUGGGGGAGAAGCCAGCAGCAGCCAGUCCAGAAACGAUAGACCAAGACGGGGAUACCAUCCAGGAAACAGAUGCAGUCCUUUCCCCCAAGAAUGAACCCACAAGUAUUUGUGCUGCCAGCUCGUCUUACACUUCCACUAACUUGCAGAGAGAACAAGGUGAAGAAGAUUCAAACUUCCCAACCCAGGAAAUGGAAGCCCAUACCUAUGAAGAGAGCUCAGACCCCAUGAGCCAGAGAGUUCAGGAUUCAUUUAUUAAUCUGAAACCGACCAUAGAGUCUUCAUACCCUGAGGUUCUGGCCCACCCGGUGGUAGAGACCUUCACAGUGGCACCUACAGAGAUACCUUCAAAGCCAGAACCCUCCAGCCAGGCCAAAAUCAGUCUGAUUGAGGUUCCUCUGUCAGUUGUGAAGUCACUAGAGGAUCUGACAAUAGAUGAUGAUUUGGAGCUGGAACAAGAGAAUACUGAGAAUUUGGAUGAUGAGCAAAAGCUCUGCCGAGGAUUCUUCUUCAAGGAGGAUGGAAAGGCAGAUGAGAACAUGGCACAGAGAAGGGCAGCGCUGCUGGAGAAAAGGCUGAGGAGAGAGAAAGAGAGCCAAAUGAGAAAGGUGCAGCUGGAGGCUGAGUUGGAGCAGAAGAAAGAAGAAGCUCGACUUAAAGCAGAGGAGGAGCGUGCCAGGAAGGAGGAGGACAAGGCCAGGAAGGAGUUCAUCAAACAGGAGUACCUCAGGAGGAAGCAGCUGAAGCUGAUGGAGGACAUGGACACCAUCAUCAAGCCUCGACCAGCCAAGCAGAAGCGAGGCCGACCCAAGUCCAUUCACCGCGACAGCAUGGACUCCCCGAAGACCCCUGUGAGAGCUUCCACAGGUUCACGCCAACGUUUCUUUUCAGUCUCCAGCUUGUCUUUGGCUUCGCUGACCUUGGGCGACAGUGACAGUGUUCUCUCAGACAAAAGGGCGCCGAGGCCAGACUCUGCAGAUGGCUUUCUUUCACCGAGUCAUUCCAGUAGAAAUGGAGAAAAGGACUGGGAAAACGCCUCAACCACCUCUUCCAUUACAUCAAACACAGAGUAUACUGGACCAAGGCUUUACAAAGAGCCCAGUGCCAAAUCUAACAAGCACAUCAUCCAGAAUGCUCUGUCCCACUGCUGCCUCGCAGGCAAGGUCAAUGAGGGGCAAAAGAACAAGAUCCUGGAGGAAAUGGAAAAAUCAGAAGCCAAUAACUUCCUUGUUUUGUUCCGGGAUUCUGGCUGCCAGUUUCGCUCCCUCUACACCUACUGUCCCGAGUCAGAGGAGAUCGCCAAGCUCACAGGCAUUGGUCCAAAGAGCAUUACACGCAAAAUGAUCGACGGACUCUACAAAUACAACUCGGACAAGAAGCAGUUCAGUCAGAUACCGGCCAAAACCAUGUCGGCCAGCGUGGAUGCUGUGACCAUCCACAACCACCUCUGGCAAGCCAAGAAGCCAGCCACCCCUAAGAAAGUAGUGCCUGCACAAUCCUAAUAGAACCCUAUACCCUCAAACAGUACCCAUCUCAGUUUACACUUCGCUGUACAUAUCCAUAAAGAUUCCAACACCUGCAAUGCCAGUUUGACGAAUGCAUCUCUGUCUUUUUUUAUGUUAAGUUUCUCCUCUCACUGCAUCCCUGUCUAUCCUGCAAACUAUGAACUCAAUGUGUCGGGAUGCAUCAGACUUUGAUCUGGAAUGUAUGAUACUAUUAAACAAAUGUUUGACCACCUUUGGGUCGAUCUGUCAAGGUAUGUGCAAGUUUUAUUCUUUAUGUGCCAAAAGUCAAAAAAGAGACAGAAUGAAUGCGAGGAUAUUUGGAAGCUCUGAAUGUUUUCAUGUACAGAUGGAUUUCUGUGUGUAUUAUGUAGAGCCUUAUGCAUAGGGUUUCCCGUGUCUGUGUGAGUGCAUUGAAGGAACGAUCAAACAGCAACUUUUUACGUGUUUUAAAGGAUACCUUUUACUUUAAUGUCUUCGGAUUUAACAGUUUGUAUGAAAUGGUCGUUAAAAAUUUCAAAAAGGGCCAAAAAAAUGAU